AUGGCGAGACUCGCUUAUGUUGCCGGCGAAACGUCUGGGCAUGUACAGUAUCCACGGUCCGACUUUGGAAAUGAACAUGAAUACGAUGGACACCGGACAAGGUGUGUUCCUCUAAGUCUUCCUACCAAUAUGACCAAGGUCAAACAACCGCUAUUAUCUCUGAUUUAUUUCGACGGCUUCUCAGAUUUUUCGUUUAGCUAUAAUCAGCAAAAGGAGAAGUUUGAGAUCAUUCUAUUUCGUAUUCAGUUUUUGCCUUGUGCUCAGCCAACUCCGAUUUUUGAACCCAGCAGCGUCUGCAAGCGCUUUUCUGCCCACCUACUCUUUGCCGAAUGGAACGACGAGUCUCUUCUAAAUAAAAGCGACCACAUGAACACAUGUUUUAGCAACCCGAUUUAG